UCCGGCUCGCGGCCAAGAUGGCGGAGCCGGCACGCUGAACCCUUCCCAUCCCGGUGCGCGUGUUCCGCGGACGGUUCCCUGGAGGGUCUGAACACGCGCAGAGCCAGCCUUUAGGCCCGAUGGCGGGACAGACCCUGUUCGUGGGCCGCCUCCCGGCCUCGGCCAGCAGCCCGCAGCUGGAGCGUCUCUUCAGUCAAGUGGGGCCCGUGAAGCAGUGUUUCGUGGUCACCGAGAAAGGCAGUAAGAUAUGUCGUGGCUUUGGCUAUGUCACUUUUUCCAUGCUGGAGGAUGCUCAGAGGGCCCUCAAGGAAGUUACCACCUUUGAAGGUUGCAAGAUCAACGUGAUUGUUGCAAAGAGAAAACUAAAGAACAAAACAAAGGAAAAGGAGAAGAAGGAAUGUUCAGUGACCUCACAGGAAGAACCAGAACAAGAAUCAAAGCCCAAGCCUAAAAAACCAAAAGUAGCUGACAAAAAAGCUAGAUUGAUCAUCCGGAACCUAAGUUUUAAGUGUUCAGAAGAUGAUCUGAAGACCUCGUUUGCUCAGUUUGGUGCUGUCUUGGAGGUGAACAUUCCUAGGAAGCCAGAUGGAAAAAUGCGAGGCUUUGCUUUUGUUCAGUUCAAGAAUCUGUUGGAAGCAGGAAAAGCCUUGAAAGGCAUGAACAUGAAAGAAAUAAAAGGACGGACAGUGGCUGUGGAUUGGGCUGUGGCCAAAGAUAAAUAUAAUGCAACACCAUCUUCUGCUUCAGGUGAGGAGCAAAAAGCCACUGAACCCAAACAGCAAGAUGCAAGUCAAGAGGAGGAAAGUGAGGAGGAGGAUGAGGAUGAAGAGGAGGAUGACGAUGAAGAAGAUGAAGAAGAAGAGUUACAAGUGGCCAAGUCAGCGAAGACUCAGAAGAGGGAAGGCAAAAGACCGUUAACUUUGGGUGCUGAGAGCAGUGAGGAAGAUGAAGACAGUGACCUAGAGGAAAGAAGUAUCUGUGAAGAUGAAGAGGAGUGGGGUCAGAAUGAGGUGGAUUCAGAUGAAGAAGACCGAGAUGGAGAAGUUCCAAAGAAGAAAAAGAAGAGGAAGUUGCCAUCUGAUGUGAAUGAGGGGAAAACCGUGUUUAUCAGAAACCUGUCCUUUGACUCAGAAGAAGAAGAUCUGGGGGAGAUCCUCCAGCAAUUUGGAGACCUUAAGUAUGUUCGUAUUGUCCUACACAGAGACACAGAGCAUUCCAAAGGUUGUGCAUUUGCCCAGUUCAUGACUCAGGAAGCAGCUCAGGCGUGUCUUGCAGCAGCUUCUGCAGAGACUGAGGAUGGAGGGCUAAAGCUGGAUGGCCGGAAGCUCAAGGUGGAUUUGGCUGUGACCCGGGAUGAAGCUGAAAAAUUGCGAAGCAAGAAUAUAAAGAAGCAAACUGGAACCCGGAACCUCUAUCUGGCCAGAGAAGGCUUGAUCCGUGCUGGGACGAAAGCUGCAGAAGGUCUGAGUGCUGCCGAUAUCGCCAAGAGAGAACGGUUUGAGCUUCUCAAACAUCAGAAGCUGAAGGAUCAGAACAUCUUUGUCUCCAAGACUCGGCUGUGUCUCCACAAUCUUCCGAAGGCAGUGGAUGACAAACAGCUCAGGAAGUUGGUGCUGACUGCAGCCGGAGGUGGAAGGGCUGUGCGCCUGAAGGAGUGUCGAGUGAUGCGUGACCUUAAAGGUGCACAUGGGAAUGUGAAGGGUCAGUCCUUGGGUUACGCUUUUGUGGAGUUUGAAGAGCAUGAGCACGCACUGGCAGCCCUUCGUCAUAUCAACAACAACCCCGAGAUCUUUGGCCCUCAGAAGAGACCAAUAGUAGAGUUCUCUUUGGAAGAUCGAAGGAAACUAAAGAUGAAGGAAUUGAGGGCCCAGCGAAACCUGCAGAAAAUGAAAUCGAAGUCUGUAGCUGAUGGACCCUCAAAAGCCCAGCAGCAAGAGCCUGGGAAGUUCCAGAAGCGUAAGGCUGCUCAGAGUCAUACACAGGGCCCAAGCAAGCUUCUUCUGAAACCAAAGGGGACUCCAGGUUCAUGGGCAGGAUUCCAGACCAAGGCAGAAGUGGAGCAUGUGGAACUGCCAGAUGGGAAGAAGCGGAGAAAAGUCUUGAUGCUCCCCUCACAUCGAGGCCCAAAAAUCAGGAUGCGGGACAAAGGCAAGGUUAAACCUCCUCCACCCAAAAAGCCAAAGGUCCAGAUGAGACAUCAGAAACAGGAGAUGCCGCACUCCGUGUCUUUGCAGGUGCCAAAGAAAAAGGCUAAGGGAAAUAAGUCAGAAAUUCGAUUCAACCAGCUGGUCGAACAGUACAAGCAGAAAAUACUAGGACCCACAAAGGGAGCGCCUUUUGGAAAGAAGAGCAAAUGGUUUGACACUUAACCGUAGCAGCAAAUUGCAUUUGCUACAUUGCAGAACGUCCUGUCUGGUAGUCUGGUGUUUUUCAUUGUAGGAAACAGAUGAUGGACUGCCAAGGGGGGCACCUUCUUAGCCCUGAACUGGACACCUCUGGACAACAGGACCUCUCUCUGAGGUCUGAUAGCCACAGAGAGAAAUGUCAGAAAGAUGUGAUAAUCAUUUUGUGUUUAUAUCCAGAUUGUUCUGUGGAGCUGUAUCUCAUUGUUCCAUAUUUAUUCUUGUUUCUUGAGUGGAAACAAUUGUAAAAAAUUUCUUCUCAUGACAACUUUUACUAUGUGUAUUUUGAUAAGUAUCCUGUCUCAAGGGAAAACUUUUGAUGUUUUUAAAAUAACAGAUCAUCAUGCUAUUCAUGAACCAUCAUGAUAUCCUUGUGUCUGAUUGCACAGCCUUUGUAUGCUGAAUAUGUAGAGCUGGCCAGAUAAGAGCAGAAGGGAUUGAAAGUGGAAAGCAGUGCUCUCCGAUCUCCUAGGAUUGCCCUCAGUAUGAUCUGUAGGUGAACGCAGUGGCCCAGUAGGCUUAUCCUACCCAUUGAGAAGUGCUGCCUUUCCUGGCACUCUUCAAAUGCACCUUUUUUUUUUUUUUUUUUUAAGGCAAUUGGUGUUAAGUGACUUGCCCAGGGUCACACAGCUAGUAAGUGUUAAGUGUUUGCUCUGAGGCCAAAUGCACCUUUUUGAGAUGUGAUUAUAAACCAUAUGCCACAACUUCUCAGUAUCUUUUGGGAGAGACGUAUGAGGCACCAACUUGCCACCAUGGAUUGUCCCAAAUCAUAGAUGUAUGUGGCCCUUAAAAUUAUAGUAAGUAAUCACACAAAGGGGGAAGGAAAGGAGCAAAGUUUUGAGGACUGUGUCUUCAGAGUCUCGAAGUAUGGGAGAAAUUCUUAAUAGUCUGGGGCAGGGGAAAGAGAUAAUGUGAUAAUGAGUUUAAAAAGUGCUACAAAUAUUGGAAAAUACCCUGGAAGCAUUCCUGGUACCCCAGAUACUUCAGACUUAGCCGCUAUCUUAACCUCCUACAGGCUCCAAGUUUUCACCACAAUCUGUCAGGGAAUAUUUUCCAUGCUAAUAAUGUUUUUAUUUUAUAAUGUCGGUGGGAAUGUUGGGUUCAUUUUUGGGAAGUUUAAUUUAUAGUUACCUUUGAUGGAUAUGAUUAUCCUUAAUGUAGGAGAUGGCUGUGUUUAUGCUCUAAAAGGUGCUGAAAAUGAGUGUUGACAACCUUUACCCUGAGUGAGUGAAGAAGGGAGUUUGAUUAUGUAACAUGAAUAUAUACUUGCAUAAAUACAUUGUCUAUUUAAAAAAAAAAUUUUCUGCUGAGGAAACAGAGCUUUCUGCAUUGCUUGUUUCCAUUGACCCUGAACUUUCUGCAUUUCUUGUCUACAUAGGAUUCUAUUUGACUCAACAAUUAAGUGACUUGAAGAAGUCAGCUGAUUUCAGACGUUUCCUAUAAUUAAAAUUUGUAUCUUUGCCAGUGCCCAGCAUAGUGUUUUGCACACAGCAGUCCGUUAAGUGUUUAUUGAAUGAGUGAAUGACUCUCCUUCUCUGUGAUGGAGCAGUAUUUCUACGCCUACCUCCCAGGGCUUGUUUUAUUGACCUGUCUAAUGGCCAGAUCUAACUGGGGUGGGAGCAGUGGAACUCCUGCUCAGCUCCUCCCCUCCCAGUGUCAAAUCCUGGGCAAACUAAUGAACAACUCUAAUUUUAUUUUCAAGCUAACAUGGUAGACAUGUGAAAAAAGUUAAAUGAUACAAUUACAAUUGAACUAUUUAUAAUUAUUCUAUCUCAGUGUUUAACCACGUCAAAGCAAAUAGCUGGGAAAAAGUUUCCAUGCCAGAGCUUUCUGUGGGUGGGCUAAAAAUGGAGAAAUAAGAAAGAGGAAUGAGGCCUUAGGGUAGGCAAGAGCAGCCAACUAGCAAUCAGUCUGCAAUAUGUCCUAGAGGACAAACUGGCUUGUCCUUUUAUGCAUUACUUUAUGGCAACCCUUUGUAUUAUGUUAAUAAAAUAUAUCUACUGAA